AUGUCAGCGAAGGCUAUCUAUGAAACUGACGGGAAAUCGUUACUUGCAAAGUGGUUUCAAAACUCUAACUACACCAAGAACAAAUUUGUAGUUGUUGUACAUGACACAGAUUGGGAGGUAACUCUCAAGGAAAACCCAUGGCUUGAGACAGAGGUAAGCUUAAACUUACUAAAUUUAAAUUUAUGAUUUAAAUAAGUUGAAUAUCAAAUGAUCGACGUAUAACAAUUAAGCUUACUGUAAGCUUAUUGUUUUUAUGUUGUAAUGGAAAUUUGCCCACAGUAGGCGCCCUCAGUAUAGUAGCACUUGAUCAUGAGUUAAGAACUUUUUUGUUUAUUUCACGAGGAAAAUAAAUAGAAAGUAAUUUUGUAAGUUUAAAAGUUACAUUAUUGUUGGUUUAUUCUACAUCGGUAGUCUCAUCUAUCACACAGCUUUCACAUUCACAUGCAUAUUUGUUUUCGACAAUCAUGUGUCUGAAACUAAAUCAAGUGGAGGGUCAGGUCAUUCACGGUAAAGUUUGUUUAAACGAAUAAAAGGCUGCACUUUUUUCGCGUUACUCGGCUUCGGAUUUACGUUUGUUACAUGUGUCUUGCAUCUAAAGUUUGAAACAAAACAGCUUGAAAUUUUUAAAGAGAAUUUUGAGGUACACAAAUGACAAUUUUGUAACUCACUUUAAGAUAAUUCCCUUGAAAAGUACGUACUAUCCAGAUUUUUUUCAAACUUGGCACUAAUGUCAGCCAUAUAUGGGACAUAGAAGCUGACUGCAGUAAAAAGAUAGGGUCACAUGCCACAGUGUUUGUUUUCACACUGUGUGCCCCUAAUUCUCUGAAGUUUGAGGGUUUUUUCCUAACUAUGUGCAAAAUUCUCGAAACUUGAACAACAGACAAAAAUUAUUGUCUUAUUAUAGCAAAAACUAAGAAUUUUUCCAAAAUCCAGAGCCCGUUUGUUUGUCUGGGCUAUAAUUUUUUAGUGACGUGACUUCAAUUUACCCAAUCUUUAAAAAGUGUAGAGAAAUUGUCUGUUUUAACUUUAUCACAUACUUCUGCAAAGUUUCACAUAAUUCAAUAAAAAAAAUUACAAAUUCUACUAUCCAGAUUUUUUUCUCGUUGAUAUAUAUUUUUUGUGUAGCCUUGGCGAGUAGAAAAACACAAAUAAAAAUGGGGGAUUACUGUUUUCAUUUCAUCACAAAACGACAACAAAGAGACAAUUUCAUCUUCAAAUGAUCGUUUUGCGCUAGGGGAAUGGGGGGAGUUUCAAGACAAAGUCUUUUUAGCCAGUUAGAGUCAUCAAAAUCGCUAUUGAAAGCAUUGGGACUACAAAAGGGGCCUUAAUUACCUCUUCUUAGGCGACCAGUGAAAAUUAAAUUGAAUUCUAAUUUAUGCCGGCUCAAAUUAAUGUUGACCAGCUCAGUUGUAUCAGAUACUGAUUAUCAUUAGAGCCUUCAAAGGGAAAAUGCACAUUUUGGACAAAUUAUUACAUUAUAAAAUUUAUGCAUUGGUUAGGCUCCCUCAUGAGUUGUUAAAUAAAUGCUGCAUAGCUUGGUGGUUGGUCAAAUUUGUAAUGAGCUUGAAAUAUCAUAAAUAAACAAUAAUUGGCCAAGCAAGCAUUCAAGCAAGCAGGGUUCUUGUGUGAGUGUUGGGCAAGUGCAGGUGUUCACAGUCAAUAUUCCUUUUGUUUCUUUGUUAUAAUAGUUUGGUCAUUUCAUGAUCUGUUGUUAAUGAGAUGCAGGUGUAUGGUGACAUAAGCUUGUGAUGCAAUUGAGUUAUCUAUUUCCAGGAACCUUUUUUCUUCUUCAUGAAAUGGGUUAUUAAAGUAAAGUAAAACUUUAUUUCAACAGUGUGGCCCAUUCAGCUUGGGGACUCUCCAUAAGGGUCCUGCUCACAUAUUACGUUUCUCCUGUCAAAUUAUUUCUACAAACUGAUAAUUGCUUUUCUGUGGCCUUGAGACUAAAUUACACCAUGGACACUCCAACCAGGAGUCACUUGGAAGAAGAUUUUCCAAUCACAACAUUUUCUGAAAACAAAGAUUCUCUAGUUUUUUGGAAAACAGACCAAUGUAAUUCAAGUAUUUAACUAUGCAACUGUUGAAAACUUUAAAUCCACUUGAACUUACCUGACCUGUCAGGAAACAGCCCUCAAAUUUAUGAAUGUUAUUGGUCCAUUUGCAAAAAACUUGAGAAUCUUUUGUUUUCAGAAAAUGUUGUGAUUGGACAAUAUUGUCUUCCAAGUGUCCUGAAUUGGGUGUCUGCACUGUAACGUCUGAAAAGUUAUUUUAAAACAAUCUUAUUUAAUUUUUUAAAUGCUCAGAUUAAUGUUCAAAACUGAAGCCGGGGGAGCAAGGGUGGCGCAGUGGUGAGAGCACAAGCCUCCCACCAAUGUAGCCUACAUGGGUUCGAAUCUUGGGGUCGACACCAUAUGUAGGCUGAGUUCGUUGUUAGUUGUCUCCCUUGCUCUGAGAGGUUUUUCUCUGGGUACUUUGGUUUUCCCCUCUCCUUAACAACCAACACUUCCAAAUUCCAAUCCAAUCUGGAACACAUGGACACGUUUCAACGAUCAGAGUGCUCAUGAACUCAUAAGUGCCCCGUGGGUAAACAAUUACAAGAUUUAUGGUGCUGCAUUAAACUUUGUUGUUUCCAACCUUAAAUGUACAAUGGUUGGAAGAAUUUUUUUAAUUAGAAUUAUUGUCAAUCAGUGUUAUGCAUGUAAUAUUGUCUAUUAGCUCUUUUAAUUAGCCUUCACACAUCUCAACUUUUAGUUUAGUCUCCUUACAUAAAAACACUACCAAAUUAUCCUUCAGAAACUUGUUGUGAAACCGGAUCAACUAAUAAAGCGCCGUGGAAAGCUUGGUCUUAUCAAAGUGAAUGUUGAUUUACAACAAGCAAAGCAAUGGAUCAACGAGAGAAUGGGAAAAGAAAUACAGGCAAGUAAACUUCAGGGAUGUGUCCUUUACGUGCGACUCUUGAUGAACUCAAUAGAAUAUUGUACAAUUAAUCACAGUUAUGUGGAGCGAUUAAGGGACGAGUUGCGUGAAAAGUAAACAUUGUCACCAGACCCUACUGCAAUCAAUUUGAUCAGUAACUGUGUGCAGUUUUAUGGUAUACCAACUCAUGUAUAUGUUUUUUCAAUGGACAGGUUGGAGCAGCUACUGGACUCUUAAAAAGAUUCAUUGUUGAACCAUUUGUACCUCACCAGCAGGUUAGUGAAUUCCAUGUUUAUUUCAGUAACUAAUAUUUCAGAACCUUUUUUAUGCAGUGUCAUCUGUUAUAAUAGAGAGAAGUGUGACAUCAGGUUACCAUGGCAGCAAGAUUUCUGGAUCUCAACAAUCUUUCUUGAGAGAAACUACCAUUUACAUUGCCAAAAUGAUAGAACAAUAGUGUGGGCUACUGAUUUGUUCCUGAGUGCAAUCAUGCACGGGAAAGUCAUGCAUGUCAAUUCUGUCAUUUUUUUCCCUGCCAUAUUUGCUGGAUAAUGGUUUGUUGAAAUCGAGAAAUUUUGCUACCAGGGCAAUGUGUAGCCUCCCCCGCAGGCGUUUUUAGGGGAGAUCGUAUUUCUUCCCUUCCCACAAGUUUGUGGUUUUUGUGGGGAGGGAAGAAAUAUGAUCUCCCCUAAAAAUGCUUGCGGGGGAGGCUAGGCAAUGUGAUGUGCAUCUGUGAUGAUUUCUCCUCUCUAUUGAAAUCCUUCCAUACAAUUGAUAAGAAGCUAUGUUUGAGCUAAAAUACAUUGCCAUUGUCCCCCUGGCAACUUACUUUCACUUUCAGUAACAAGAAAGUCCAACUAAUAGUUUUUGGAAAAAUCUCAUACAUCUGCUAGACACUCUGGAGUUUGCAGGUUCCUUUACUUAUAAUAAAAACUUUUCUGAGAGCAAGGCCUUUUUGUAUUAACUAAACGUUGUACAAUUUAUCCCAAUUGCUGGACAAACCCUAAGGGAUACAGCUAUUCUAAAUGCUAAUUAUUUCAUUGUUUACUUUCAUUUAGAAUGAAGAAUUUUAUGUGUGCAUCUAUGCCCAGCGAGACUGUGACACAAUUUUAUUUCAUCAUGAGGGUGGAGUUGACAUUGGUGAUGUUGAUAAAAAGGUAGGAUUUCUUAACAUUAAGUGCUACAAAAAACAAGUUUUUUCAUUUUAAGGACUUUCUGUAAUUAUCUUUUUUUUUUUAGGCAGUUAAACUUGAUGUUGGCCUUGAAGAUAACAAUGUCACAAAAGAGCUGAUUGAGAAGAAACUCAUGCAAAAUAUUCCUGAAGGAAAGAAAAAGUGAGUGACUUUGUAAAGAACAACAAUUUACAUGGCGCAUUAAUUCACAGGAAAAAAUAACAGAUUCCCAUUUUUGGAUAUUUUGGGGUAUUUAAAGAAUACCCACAAAAAUCCCAAAUUUGGAAGAGUGAGACAAGUCCCAAUCUGGGAACUUGGUUGGGAAUUCCCUGGUUGGGACUUGUCUCACUUUGCCAAAUUUGGGAUUUUUAUGGGUAUUCUUGAAAUACCCUAAAAUAUCCAAAAAUGGAAAUCCGUUAUUUUUUCCAGUGUAAUUAAUGUACCAGAUGUGUUAGUUUUCAUUAUGUCUGUACUGUAGGUAAAAUGAAUGGUGUUCAUAACCCAUCAAAAAGUAUUAAUCCAAUUCAAGUUCUCUGCUCUCAUGCUCAUUUGCGGGUGACAAGAGGAGCCUGCAGACUUUUCGUGGUCAGCAUUACUUUAUAAACUGUAUCGCAAGGUUUUUCCAAAAUUUGUCCAUGUUGUCAGGAUUCCCGUGUUGUACCAACUAAUAUGCUUGGUAUGAGGCUGCAAAUUGGCUGCAAAGGCCCUGGUGUUGAGUGCAAGGUCCGUGCUCAAAUGAAUAGUACAUUAAUACAUGAAUGCACCAUCGGCGUUUUCCAUGGUGCCGAUGCUGUAUUUCUUGCUGCAUGCUGAGAAGUUGGAAGUCGCGAAAGAGCGGUAGUGUUACGAAAGACAUGCAACAAUAUUUGUGUGUUUUGGAAACAUGUAGUCAGUGUCUAUAGUUCAGGUAUACACAUACUGCAUCAAAUGCAAGACUUUUCAAAUUCGCCUUGCUGCCGAAAAUUUAUUUGCCAAGUGAAAUGAAAGCAGAGCCUGAUCUCAGGUUAGUGUAGGACGAGCGUUGUUAAGAUACAAGUGAUUUCACAGCCUAUAAAUCCAUGUAAGUUAAGUUAUUUCAGGCACACUACAGUUGUUUUAUAUUUUAAGUGUUUUCAAGCAUGUUAUGUUGCUUUUUCAUGAUCACUGUCGCAUCUCAAUGACCUUUACAAUUACAGUUAAUUGAACUGCAUUACAAUCAUUGACAAUGAAAGUGGAAAUUGUAUUGAACAACACAGUAAGCAAGACUCAUUGAAUUCAACUAUUUUAUUCACAAUUGCUUAAUUAGGUACAGGUAGACUUGCAAUCGAUGAGGAACAACUGAUUGUUAUUACAGUCAGUUGUUCCUCAUUCAUUAUCCCCUGUGAUUCCUUCUGUUGAUACUGGAACUAUUAAAUAGGGUUUUUUUAAUUCAUUACUCAAUUAAUAAAGCGGUUCUCAACAUCAAUCCCACCCCGUAAGGACUUAACACACAUGUUUGCCCGCUCUUCCCCACCCUUGGUUACUGCUAGUAUAUUUCUUUGUACAUGUACAUUCCUAAACAAUCCCCCACCCCACCCCUGACCCCUCGCCUCACUCCAAUCCUCAGCCCACAGCUGCAAAAAAUAUAGUCAGUCAGUGGACAAUUUGUUCAACUAGAUCCUAAUUGUCAAGUCUGUACAAACUGAUGUUUGUUAUUUUUUGUUUUCCAGAUUGCUUACAACAUUUAUUUAUGACCUGUUUCAACUUUACACUGACUUGUAUUUUACUUACCUUGAAAUUAAUCCUUUAGGUAAGGAUUCAUGUUUUGUGUUUAUAUGUAAAGGUUACUCGGAUCUCAGUUACUGCAACCAAAUUCUCAGUUAGCUGGGUAGUCUUUUUCCCAUAUGAAUACUUACAUCCCUGUAGCCAGGACAAACUUUUGUAAACUGGUUACAACAUGUUGUUGGUCAAAAUGAAAUUCAGGUUCAAGGUUGCAGACUAGUUUGAAAUUGAGAAUCAAACUAGGUUGAAACCACUUAAACCUGAAUAUCAUUUUGACCUACAUCUGCAUGUACAACAUAUACAAAUGUAAUUAACAAUCCUGAAAAUUUAUAAUGCCUCAUAUUUUUAUUAGUUUGUGACAAAAUUCUUGACUGGCAUGAGAGAUUUCAUAAAUUUGACAUGAACAGAUCUAUAGUGUUAUUUUUAUUGAGUUUUGUGUGAAAUCUGCAGAAUGGGUUGACCAUUUCUGCAAGUUUCAUGCCCCCUUCAUGUUGUAACUGGGACAAAAUUUUCCACAAGAAGAACAGAUUUAAGACAAAGUCAAUCUCAGUUCACACGAUCAUGUGAAAGAACACAACUUGUGAAGCUAGUUUUACCUACAGAUAGUGACAAUACAUCUGUAGUUUUAGCAUUCGUGAUUAUGAUUGAGUGUCUUUCUCCAAUGCAAAAUGUAAUAUUAUUUUUCUUUUUUGUUUCAGUGGUUGUAGGAGAUUCUGUCCAUAUUCUUGACCUUGCUGCUAAGUUGGAUCAGACUGCUGAAUUUAUUUGUAAAACAAAAUGGGGUGAUGUAGAUUUUCCACCUCCUUUUGGCAGAGAAGCUUACCCUGAGGUGAGCUGAAUACUGACCCCACCCCUCUUUUUCAAAAACAUGGGAUCAUUUACAGCUGCUGUAGUCUUUCCAUUUAGAGAAGGAAAAUGAAUGAUAUCAAUUGGCCACAUUACCUGCAUGAGUUUCUAUGGCAUUUCACCAUAGCAAAAAGAUAAAAUUUUGUGCAGACUGAGAUAAUUCUUUGGAACCUGCAACACUCUGCAAGCUCCAGAAAUGCCACAAAAUACAAGGAAUGACAAAAUAUGUGUAAAGUCCACUCAAGUUUUAGCUAGAAAAGAAAGGUACUCUUACAAAAACAAUUGUCCAGAUAAUUGUAUAGCUAUGUUGUUUUAUUAUCUUUUAUCCUUUUUGUGGGCUGUUUUUAAGGGGUGUGGUUUGCCAUAAACAUUAACUUUGUCUCAUUCAGGUGGUUUGUUUCUAUUAAAUGUAGGAAGCAUAUAUUGCUGAAUUAGAUGCAAAGAGUGGAGCAUCGCUAAAACUGACAAUUCUUAAUAGCAAAGGAAGGAUAUGGACAAUGGUUGCUGGAGGUGGAGCCUCUGUUGUGUACAGGUGCAAAUAAUUUCUCAAACACACGUUUAUUCAUGACCACCGAUAAAGCAGCCAACAAGAGGCUUGUAAAACAAGCUGUUUGUUUUUUUUGUUGUUGUAGUGACACUGUUUGUGACCUUGGUGGUGCCAGUGAACUGGCAAAUUAUGGAGAAUAUUCUGGAGCUCCAUCAGAAUCACAGACUUAUGAAUAUGCCAAGACGAUCAUUCGCCUCAUGACUAAUGGGCCACCAAGACCUGAUGGUAAAAUAUAGCUGUCCUUUUAUUUAACUAUUCAUGAAUGAAUUUGUUUGUCUGUCUCUAUUUCAUCAUACAGUAGAACCUUGAAAUAUUGAACUGGGCCAUUAGGGACUGGCAAAAUUUUUUCACUACAUGUAUGAUGAUGUUUCCUCAUAUUGAGGACCUUUUCCAUAUAUUUUGCUGUUACUAGGUUAAAGAAAAUCGCUCGUUUUACCACGGAGUUCAUUAUAUAGAGGUUCGUUAUAUCGAGGUUCUACUGUAUAUAACUGCAGCUAAAGAGGGACCCCAUGUCUACUUUAAGCUUCCUCUUAUAACCCCCCUCCCACUUACAAGUAUAAGCAGCCUAGUGGCUUUGAAUUGAUCAGCACUGCUUCAGAUGUAUGUAGCUUGUUUUGUAAUUCAGUUUUUAGUCUGGUUAUUAUCCCCCCUCCCAUCAGAUAUGAGCCCCCCUCCCCCUCCCCUUUCCCUUUAUUUGAUCCUAAAACCCCUUACGAAGUUUUAUAAAGCCCGGACUUAUAACCGAAAGUUUAUGGUAUUCUUUCUGUUGCUACCAAAAAUGUGGGUGUAACUCGUAAGUCAUAGACAUGCUAAUUCAAGGCUGUGCUCUAAGAAAACCUGAAGGGUGCCCAGUGCUCUAAAUCUGUGAAAUCCAGUCUGCCCAGCGUAUGGAAUGUAUGAGAAAUCUUAGAUUUUUAGUCCUCCAGAAGCAAAGGUUAGGUAAUAAAAAGUUAAGUAACAGCAAGGCUAAAGGCCUAGCAGCUCCCUGUGGCCUCUGGCACUGCUGGGCCUUUUACAGGGAUCUUGGAACUGAUGGUCUUUCUUAGACCAUUUUUUGAGGUUCCAGAUAAUGUCCACAGCCUCAGUAAAUGUGUGGUGGGGCCUACAUCCACCACCUAUGUAUGUUGUAGGUAAAAUCUGUUGUCAUGUUAAACCAGAAUUUCCUUUGUCUCCUAUGAAUAAUUAAGGCUAUAAAAAACGGAAAUCCUGAAUCAAACUAGGUUGAAUACUGGGUUGUCCUAAGAACAGAUUUUAUGUGCAAAUGUAUACAGCUGUUUGGAUUGUUCACUUGAUGGACAAUCACAAGAUCAGUAAGCUAGAUCAUAUACAUUAUACAAAUUUUGAAAUAUUUUCUCUGCAAAUCUCUUUGCUUUAUGUUCCUGUUUCAUCAUUCUUUAUGUGAUUGUGUUUUAUUUACAGGAAAGAUUCUAAUCAUUGGUGGUGGAAUUGCAAAUUUCACAAAUGUCUCAGCAACUUUUAAGGUGAAUUUCAGCCUUUUGUUACUCUUCAAGAGCCCUAUCAAAAAACGUUCUCAGAUUGCUUUUAACAUUGCAAAUCAAGACUUGUCUUGAUCUACAGAGUAAACACUUGAAACCAACACUUCCAGUAUAACGAUAAAUAGUAUCAUAAGAAACAAGUGUGUCAUGCUCACACAUGAGGACUGUACAUACUCUCUUAUAUAUAGAUUGUGAUUUUCAGUGAGUAGCCAUAUUGAUGGAAAUUAUGCUUUAUCAAAUCACAGGAGUAUUAAAUCAAGAACUUAAACUGUUUUCACUACCCUGAAUUUGUCUUUCUCUGUACAGGGAAUAGUUAAAGCUUUACAGGAAUAUCAGAAAAAACUGUUGGAACACAAGGUGGAUAUAUUUGUGAGAAGAGGAGGGCCUAACUAUCAAGAGGGACUACGAGUUAUGAGAGAAAUAGGUUAGUGUUCUAAAACAACUGCAUUGUCUCCAUUGCAUUGAUGACUGGUGUGACUAGCCACCAACACCCUGUAGACAGUAUCAACUCACAUGGUUGAUAAUACCACAGUCACCCAAUCACACUUCAAGAACAGUGGUUGAAAGGGAUUUGGAAAGGCAGAUGCAAAAAUGAAAUGUUGAAUUGAUGAACACUCUGUAGACUGCAGAUAAUCUGCAUUGGUAAGAUACUCUUCUCAGCAGUAGGGACCAGCAUUUGGCUUCCACUGAUCACUAAAUAUAUAUAUUCAUCCCCCACUGCUGAUCAUUGUUGUUACAGGUGUAAAAUAUCUGUAAUAUACACUUCCAUCAGGGGCACCCAACGAGAAUAUAGGUCAAAACCACUUAAACAUAGCAUUGUUGAACGUAUUUUAGUAUUUAAACGGUAGAUAUAGGCAUAUUUUUAUCCCCUAAAAAUUGUUCAUCUGUUCGGAUUUCCUAGCUGAAAGUCUAGUGAUCCGAAAAUUAUAGGGAUCAAAACUUACCUUUUCGAAAAUUUGAGUCAGAAAAAAGGCUCCCGAAAAUUCUAGGUGACGUUUUUAGGGCAAAAAUCCUUUAAAAAUGGGCAAUUAUACCAUUUUGGGGGGCUUCGAAAAUCCUAGGAGAGUCAGGCAAGCAAGGAAUUUAACAACAAAUGUUCCAAAAAUUCUAGAUCUCAAAUCGUCUUCCAAACAGAUAUUUUCCAAAAAUUGUCGUUGGGUGCCCCUGUUCCAUCUGUCACAUAUCUUUGGGCUGCCUUGCAGACUUUCUAGCCUUAUGUUUGGAUUCAGUGAUCAGUUCUUCCUUUGUUACGUAUUCUUUUGUAGGUUCCAGUUUAGGGCUUUCCAUGCAUGUAUUUGGAACGGAAACGCACAUGACAGCCAUUGUAGGUAUGGCUCUUGGGAAGCGAGAAGUCCCUAAAGAUGUUGGCUUUGAUUCAAACGCUGCAGCAAACAUGUUCUUCACAGCUCAGGACAAAGUACGACCGAAAGCAUUAAACGUGUUUUUUACUUAAUAAACGUUAAAGAAAGAUUUUAAACUUUUUUGUUGCUUGGAUUAUAGUGCAAGCAAAUGCUUUAGUUCCUGCGGGUAGCACAGUAGAGACCUGUUCAGCGCUUUUUUUGGAUCAUUUUCUUUUCAAUUCAUUUUUCAUUUCCUGUUAAUGUUGUUAUUAUUAUUAUCGUCUUAGGGAUCGGCAAGUAAAGGAAAACACACAGUAUGCAGUAGUAUGUCAGAGAAGCCAGAAGCAAAACCGGAUGAGAAACCUUCACCAGAACAGCGCCAUAAAGCUGCCCCUGGGAGAGGAUCCAAGGCACCUUUGUUUACAAACGAGACAAGGACAAUAAUCUGGGGAUUACAAGCCAGGGCCGUGCAGGUCAGAACAAUAAUCUGUUUUCCUUACAAGUACCCUAAGUGCUAGAGGUUUUUCAGUUAUUUUUUUCUUAAUUCCGUAUACUCGGCAAAGACGAGCACGGGUUAUUAAUAUUUUUAUCUGAGUAUUUCAACAACGGACCUCAGAAGCCAGGGUACCUUUCAAGAGAAGAUGGGCAGAAAAUUACUACCAUCCGUACUUCGUUAUCAUGCUUAAUGGUCAGGGCUUUUCGAAGAAUUUAAAAUCGGCCAUGCAGCCUUGCCUUGCCUUUUCCUUUCUAAGAACGUACCAGAAAAGUACGUCAAACCCAGUCCGUAACUGCUCUGCAGUGUUCAUUGCUUUCCUUGUUAAUCUUCUCUUAUUUCUUCUACCUGACGCUCCAAUUAGGGAAUACAGUAAUGCGUAGAUGGAGUCUGUCCUUUCCCUUCUUUGUAACACAAUUUAUUGUAACUGCUCUUGUGUAGUUAUCACCUACUUUUGAUCUGUAUUUUAAAAAGUAGACAAAAUUACUUUUCAUCAUUGCACAUUCCCAAACAUAUUUACCAAGCAUAAUAUGCUGAUACACGUUUACUUGUAUUUACAGGGCAUGUUAGAUUUUGAUUAUGUAUGCGAGAGGAAGAGACCAUCAGUAGCGGCUAUGGUGUACCCAUUCAGGUCAGUAAUGUGUCGUGUUAUCCGUGUGCGUUAUCAUCAUAAGUUCAAAGUUGUAUCUGCUCCUUCCCAACAUCCCUUGGUGUCCCCUGUUACCGGGGUGGCACCCGGACUUGCUGAAUGGGAACAGUCGGUUCCGCGUUAUCAAACGCCCCAGGCUCGUGUCUUGGAGAGGCGGGACACUUCAACUUCGAAAUAACACGAGAAGCAACAGUCACCGGUGGUGAGGUUUCACUGCUUGGUUAUGUCCGAGUGUGACAUAUCCCUAUAAUUUCAUGAUUUGCAAAUAUAAGAUGAAUUUAUGGAAACUUUUGUUUUGUUGUUACAGUGGAAACCACCGUCAGAAGUUUUAUUACGGACAUAAAGAGAUCAUGAUUCCAGGUUUGUCUUAGCUUUCGUUUGCAAACAAUAUACAACGGUAUUUUCGAUUCUUAUAUGUAAGGUUUAUUUAUGUGUACUUCUCACCGGCACUGAUAAACGGGAACGGUGACCCAUCCUUUUCAAUACGUUUAUGCUUUGGUUGUUGGCAUUACUAGCUAGGUGUCCAAGGCAUAUACAAUCUGUGUUAAACUUGAUAGUAGACAUCCUUAUGGACACCCAUGUUAUAGUCAAUUGACAGCUGUCAAAAAGGGUAUCCAUUGACCAGUGACACCUGACUGUAUCACGGGCUCAAGUGUACAACUUAUUGAGGUGACGUGUUUUUUAAAGUAUCCGCUGACCAGUUGUUGGUUUUAAUUGAUCGCAGGCUCAGGUCCAUAAUGAAAAGGCCAUCUAAAAAAUAACUUAUUAACCUCGUCUUUUUGGUCGUUACAGGGAAAUCUCAGACCUUGGCCUUGAUGUAUCUAUCGGUCCGAGAUAGACAGUAUUGACCGAGCGAUAGCGAGGUUAAUACAUCAAGGCCAAGGUCUGAGAUUUCCCUGUAAUAACCUCCCCCUCGGUUAAUAAGUAGUAUAUGUAUUGAUAAAUUUGGUCCACCUAGUUCCUCUUUAUUCUUCCAAAAUCUUAUUAUUGCUCGAAACACUCUGUUUAUGAUUGUUUCCAGUGUAUAAGGAGAUGUCUGAAGCCAUGAACAAACAUCCUGAUGCUGAUUGUAUGAUCAACUUUGCAUCGCUGCGUUCAGCUUAUGACGCUACUCUUGAAGCCAUGCAGUUCACACAAGUGAGUGCUUUUUUCUUGUCUAAACGAAAUAAGUUUCUUUUUGUUUCUUAUUUGUAUUUUGAUUGCGUUAGCAAGUCAUUGUUGAAUCAUCUUCAUAUCUCAAGUAUUUCCAUACGACUGUAAAAAGACAAACGAUAAUCUGCUAUUCAUUUUUAUUAGUUAAAAUGAAGUUGUUGUUUUUUCGUCGGAGUUGUGUUUCCGAUUCAGUGGGCUUUGGCUGGUGCAGGUAAUGGGUGGGGGGAGGGUUUGGGAGGGCGGGGGCUCCCUGGGCUGGUGCAUCUAACUCAAAGAUGAGAUUGAUCACCUAUUGCAAACGCUGAAUGUGUUUCAUGGCAAUUCACCUUUCACUUUUGUUUAUCCAAAGUAGAAAGGAUGACAUGACUUUCAUCCUUCACAAGCGUUAGACGACAAAGAAAUGUAAGUCCUCAUCGUAAACAGAGCUAGGCCAUGCUGACGAUAUUCGAUCCGGCUUAGGGGCCAGUGAUCGAAGGAAACGCUCCUGGUGAGCGUGGCCAUUAAUGGGGUUUAUACCAGCGUGACUCCUAUAUUCAUAUAUGUUACUUUCAAAGAUCUGCAGAAUCUCCGUAUUAGAAAUGUAAAUCAUAGGAAUUAGAAAGUUUUGUUUUUCCUUAAUAGAUUCGCACGAUCGCCAUCAUCGCUGAAGGAAUUCCAGAAGCAAAAACAAGACAACUUAACCACAAAGCCAAAGAACUGGGAGUCACUAUCAUAGGCCCAGCAACAGUAAGCUUUUGCUGUUAUUUCAUAGGGCGUUGUUUUGUGUUUUGUUCUAACCGCACAGUAGUUGGACAGAGUAUAUAUAUUUUGUGGCUCCAUUUUAACCUUGGUUUGUGUAAAGUAAUACGCAGCACUCUCUAUACCCCCCUUUUUUUAUGGGUUCUUCGACAGUUCGCAGCUCAAUCAUAGAUAAUGAAUUUAGAACAAAUUUUGAAGAAAACAAAUAAAACAUGAACAAAAGUUAAGCAACGUUAUCACAACCCAAAUUGGGAGAUGGCAUUUGUUUAAGAUCACAUUAUUAGAUUAGACAGCUGGCGGGCGCCCGGAUACAAUGAGUGCAAAAUUAUUCUUGUAGUCAACACCGGUACAAGUCUGAGCGAUCCCUUAUUUUUCUUUGUCUUUUUCUAGGUUGGAGGUAUUAAACCUGGCUGUCUUAAAAUAGGUAAUACAGGCGGAAUGUUAGACAACAUUCUGGCUUCAAAGCUUUAUAGACCAGGAAGGUGAGACUUAAAUGAAAAAAAUAUCUCCAAUCCCCCUCCCCUCCCCCCGUAAAUCAAACGGAGAUUCAACGCAAAGAUUUCUGGGAUUGUGAAGGCAACCAUUAACCAAUCGUGGCUAACGAUUGUUCACUCAAACGAAUUCUAAAGUAUAUUACUUAAGUAUAUACCAGAAGUAAAAUGAUUAAAGUACUUUAAACUACGAAUAAAUCAUUUCAUAUUGCACUUAAAAAUAGUUAUUGAAUCAGUCACUUGUUUUACUCAAUAGCGUUGCUUACGUGUCACGUUCUGGAGGCAUGUCUAAUGAACUCAACAACAUCAUCUCACGGACCACAGAUGGGGUGUACGAGGGUGUGGCCAUAGGAGGGGACAGGUACCCAGGAACAACAUUCAUGGAUCAUAUUAUGAGAUAUCAAGAAAACCCGGAAAUCAAAAUGAUAGUUGUGCUUGGAGAGGUACACUUUCUGUUUAAAUCUGUUUAAGUUUGUAGAAACUUUGUGUGUUUAGGGCUGUUCAGCCGUUUACGAUGUAAAUCAUCACCAGUAACGGUCUUUAAGGUGGAUAAGUUCGCAGACAUCAGUGGACGGAAGCUGUGAAGGCGUAACUUUGUAAUAAUCUACCCGUUUAUGAAUGCACGCGUAAUGAAUUUAUAAAGAAACAGUUUUCUUGGCAACAUUGGCAGACGAACAAGGCAAGAUUUUAAGGUCUGAAUGCACAUAUACUUUUAAUCUCGACAUUGUUUUUCAUCCGUGCUUCAGUGCUAUUGUGGAGUUUCAUUGGUGAUCAUUUUCGUUAUUCUCAUGACCUUUUUGCUUAGCUACGUUGUGGCAUUGUGAGGAGAAAUUAGAUUCUUGUCACCGACUGUAAGGGCACUGUAAAAACACAGUAGAGGGUCUGCGUCGUGUUAAUCGUUGGAAGUUGUUUUAUUAGCCGAUUGAAAUCUCUCUCCUCCGCGAAGGCUCCCGCUGGGUAUUCCAAUAAAAAUAGAAAUAAUGGAAAAUAGUAAGCGCUGGGUGAAAGUAAAAUGUUUUCGACUUAAAGUUCCGUAAGAUGUUUAUCUUUGAAACGAAUGAGUCAGUUUCAUUUAACCCUUCAAGCCCCAAGAUCCACAUUCGAAUUCUCCAAAAUGAUCUCCAUACAUUUCUUUUAACAAUAGUUGAGAGAAUUUGGUUUAAGAUCAAAGUGAUCUCCCUUUGGUAGUCUAUUUAGUAAUUCUCAUAACCUUUACUCUUAAUGAUCUGCUGACGUUGUUAGGAGAAAAUUGAUGUUGGUCACUCUUGGGACCUAAAGAGUUAAGAAAUGUAUUCUUAUUGUACUGAUAACAGGUUGGUGGUACAGAGGAAUACAAAAUUUGUGACGCCAUCAAAAACGGCGUGGUCACCAAGCCCAUUAUUGUAUGGUGUAUCGGCACAUGCGCAGGAAUGUUUACAUCGGAGGUGAGUACACUGGGUUCUAGUAUCAUCGCGUUUUUUAAUGCUUUCCUAUAUCCACGUGUACUAUAACUCUCUGAUUAAGACUCUCAACCCCACAAGUCAGACGCUGUGGUAGGCAAGUCACAGCUAUCGCGGCAGUCACACAGCUGUCUGUUAGGAGAACUUCUGUCUUUGACAUGCUGUCUACCCCUUACAAUUGGAAAUAUUAUUUUCACUGUGUUAGCGAUUGUGAAACCUAACAGAAUUGUAAGUUGUGUUCUGCGAAAAAAAAAAAUACCACCCCUGAACGUGGAAGGAAACUUUUCACUGUAUGGGGGUCUCUGUGCGAAACGUUCCUGCUCAGAUUUUUCUUUGUCCUGCGCUCGUUACAUGAUGGAAAUAAAUCUUCCUUAAAUUCGUCUUUUGCCGUUAUUUCAGGUUCAGUUUGGUCAUGCUGGAGCGAGUGCUCACGGAGACAACGAAACGGCGAUCGCUAAAAACAAGGUGCUGUUUCAACUGAGUUUUUUUUUGGUAGGAAGCUUGCUAAACAAUACAGAUGUGUGGAAGGUACUCGAACUCACACUGCAGCUCAGGAUACAGAAAUGAAUUUACUUGUCUUUAAAGUUCUGAACUGAACUGUUUUACCUUGAUUCUCCCACAGGCUCUUAAAGAAGCUGGUGCUUACGUACCUGAGAGUUUUGAUUCUCUCUUUGAUCUAAUCAGGUUGGUAGAGUGGCGUUUUUCAUAGUUCAAGCUGUGUGCUUUGCGUGGGAAAUAUAUUAUAAAAGGAUUGCACUUAGCACUAUGCAGUUGCUCCACACACACGACAUCUCAUUUGGAAAAUACUUAGGCUCGAUUUUCGCCACUGUCAGCGCGAGUCCAGUCUUUCGGGUGCGUGAAUUAUUGCGGGCUUAUUUUCCUAGUAAUUGAGCCUCGACAAUAUUAUGUUUCGAAGGAACUCUGUUGCUGUUUAUUGUUAAUUUAUAAAAUAGCUGAGAUAGUACGCGUGAUCUGAUUGGUCAAAAACCUAUGGUUUAUUAUACCGGUAAACCCAUAGAAAAAGGCAUCCGGACCACGAGCCAUAAACAAAACUGGCUAUUGAUCUGCAAACAACGAUUUUAGAAAGGCUAAAAAACAGAACAAGUUACUUACCCAGCCCUUCUAAAUAUUCAAAGCGUUGGUUUCCACAUUUUAUUACUGAGCGUCACAAUUCGCUACUGCCAUAGCUUUAAAAGUUAUAAAGUACAAAGCUGGAAAGCAGUUUACAUUUCACGACGAUGCCAAAUCGCAGAGAAAGACAACAACAGUGUGAAUUUCUUGUGUAGAAAGUCUAUAGGAAAACUUAACCAUAUGCUAACCAGCAACAAAACGGAUAGUUUUAGCAUUCUUGAUUUAUUUUAUGUCAAAAUUAAAUUCCUUAAUGAAAGAAAUUGUUCCAAAAAGAGAUCUCUGAUCAAGAUAUGGUACAAAAUCGGCCGCUGUAGGUUGUAAACAAGCUGCCAACGAUGAUGAAAGAUGUCAGAGUUUCGGGCUGGUUUUUUCCAACAUUUGUACAAAUUAUUCGGUGAUAUCGAUGCCAUAACCUACCACAAACCACCUGACUUCACAAAUCGACAAAUAUUAACGCCAAUAUGUGGCUACGGAAAAAAAACCGGCCUUUCUCCACCACUGACAGAUUUCCAUCGGUGACUGUACGUGCAUGUAAAGUUACAUGCGACAACUUCGCAAAUGCAGCCACGUCGCAGCGUUUCUUGAUCAUGAUAAAGCCCAGAAAACAGAUCUUAAACCACUGUGGCUUGUAAAAAAGUGAAUGAAGUCCUCCAUUACAAUAGCUGCCAGUUCCGUCUGUAAGCACGAAAUUCUUGCGGAUCGACUCAACAAAAUACAGCUGCGUACAGUCUGAUGUUCAAUUUUCUACUUCUUUAGUAAACAAACCAUGAACGUAUUGUUUCAUUGUACGUUCGCAUGAAUAUGUGUUGACUUUUCCUGUAAAACAGCUUUCAUAAGUUAUCAUGUAACGAGUGCAAAAACUCGUGUUUUGAAGUGCUGCUGUUUGUUGUUUGACUGAACUGAGUUUUGAGAAAGUUCUGCGCUAUUAAAUCGUGAGUCAUGAUUGGCUUAUGAUGACUUUAGAGAGAAGACAUAAAUCGAUCACGGUACUAAAACAAUAUUUUUUACCUAAAAGACUCCGCUUUACUAAAGGUUAUUUUAUAAAAAGCAAUAGACCACACUUUCUAUGGGUUUACCGGCGUGAUAACCCACGCGGGAUGUUGGGAGAACACGAGAAAAGCUUUUAAAUCACGAGCCGAAGGCGAGUGAUUUACAAGCUUCUUGAGUGUUCUCCCAACAUCCCGCGUGGGUUAUCACGCCGGUAAACCCAUAGAAAGUGUGGUCUAUUGCUUAAAUAUUAAUGAUACAACGUGACUGUAUUUUGCAGGGAAGUUUACGAUGUUCUAGUGAAAGAUGGAACGAUUGUCCCCAAACCUGAGAAAAAUCCACCCACGGUUCCAAUGGAUUACUCCUGGGCACAGGUUAGUGAAAAGAACAGACCAGCACAAAGUUUUAGUGUUCAUAAAGUCUCUUGUUUAUCGACACUCCUUUACAGAACGAGCGCGCGCUGAGAUGAGUUUGAGAUUCUCACGUAAUUUUAGCGUCGCUAGAGUAUUUAAAACUGUGUUUUAUUGUGAUGUUGUUCUUUGCUUUCCAGGAACUUGGAUUGAUUAGAAAGCCUUCCUCAUUCAUGUCCAGUAUCUGUGACGAGAGAGGUGCAGAGUUGUUGUAUGCCGGUAUGCCGAUCACAGAAGUGUUUAAGGUAUAAACUAACUUUAAGAGUUUGUCAGAAUUAUCGGAAUGAUCCAGUAUUUGUUGAGAAACGUAACCUAAAGUUCUCGUCACCACUGACUAUCUUUGUAGGAAGGAAUUGGUGUUGGAGGUGUCCUGGGUCUGUUAUGGUUCCAGAGAAGGCAAGUUCAUCGCUUUUCUUCCAUUCUAGAUCUUUUUCCCCAUAACCGAAUUUUAGACUUCGUGCGUUGAAUGCACGAAUCUUACAUUUUUGACGCGGGCCACUAUGUUGUCAGACACGGUGGAUAGUAGUGAAGGUUUAAAUGAGAAUUGUGGCGCGUGAUGUAGAACAAAUGCGAAGUGGUUGCAAAACAGUAGUAUCCUUCACAUUUUCAAGUACCUCAGUGUUUACAUACGCCAAUUGACCCACCAAAAUGCAGAUUUGUGGGUUCUGCUUAUGGUGUGAAACUCGGUUAUAUUUGGAUGUGGUUAAGUUUCAGUUCGCAUCUAAUCUUACUGAAAGCUUUCGAUAAAAAACUCUCAAAAAUGCAGUCAGCACCUAACGAAAAAGGAGUCUUGUGAUAACAAAUCCCCAAACAGAGAGCUUAUAACUGUGUGUAUAUUUUUUUAGAUUACCAGCUUACGCUGGUGAAUUUAUUGAGAUGUGUCUCAUGAUAACCGCUGACCAUGGACCUGGUAAGAACAGCACCAAAACAGUUUUUGUGUUUUGUUUCUAUCAUCACUUUAGUUUGCGUUACUCACGCUUAUCGUUACUCACGCGUUACUCACGGUUAUCGUGCUCUUUUUCUGUGAUGCACAGCUGUUUCGGGCGCCCAUAACACAAUUGUGACAGCACGAGCUGGAAAGGAUCUCAUAUCAUCCCUUGUGUCUGGUCUUCUCACGAUUGUAAGUAUAAUGUCGCUGCUGUCCUAACAGAAAAAUGAAAGAGGGAAAUCGGAAAUUUUUGGAUGGCAAAAUUAACGUCUACAUAUUACCGGACGUGUAUUUGUGUUUGUUUGUUUUUAAUAGGGUGACAGGUUCGGUGGGGCUUUAGACGCAGCUGCUCGGAUGUUUUCGAGUGGCUUGGACAGCGGACAGGCUCCCAUGGAAUUCGUCAAUGAGAUGAGAAAGAAAGGACAGCUGAUCAUGGGAAUUGGACAUCGUGUUAAAUCUGUAAGUACAUACUGAGGGGUAACAGCUAACAAAGUAAAGCUAAGGUGCUAAGAAAUGCUGAAACGUUGUGGAGUUAGCGUGGCCGAGUGGUUAGAGCGCCGGACUUGUGAUCGGAGGCCCCGAGUUCAAGUCCUGCCCUGACCGCUAGCUGGAUUUGUUCAUGGUAGUCCUGUGUUCAAAUCCUCGGCCCCGCUUGUAAACAGCCAGCUGAUUCGCCUCUGGCCAGUUGGGAUUCUUAGUGGUUCAUUAUCCCUGAAAAGACCCAUAAGAGGACAGGAUAAUCAAGUAUUCAAUUAAGUAUUUAUUCACGUUACUGGAAGCAAUUAAAUGACGCAGUUUUCGUCAUUGACAAAAAAGGCAAACUUAACACUUGUUGGGGAUAGAGGAUAAAUCUUGGCCCGGUUAUCAGUAUAACAUCUUGUCUUUGUCAAGCGUAGCAAGUAACUGGAACACAAAUAUCAGACCGGUAUGCAGUGCAACAAAGGUGCGGUUGGUUAGUAUCAUUUUAAAAAGCUGUUUUUUUUCUUGGGCGGCAAGGGAAGGGGAACAGAGACAUAGGUAUCAGUUAUUAGUUAAAAGAAAUGACUCUUUUGUCUUCGUUUUGGAGAGAUUUUGCUACAGUAAACGUUUCAAACCAGUGUGAGUUUUAUUUGAUUAUGCAUUCUCCACUUACCUUCCAUAGCUGAACAACCCUGACAUGCGAGUUGUCAUUCUUAAAGACUUUGUGAAGAAGAACUUUCCUGCAACUCCUGUCAUGGAUUACGCCAUUGAAGUUGAGAAGAUCACUACAUCCAAGGUACUGUAGUCAUGGAAACAGGACACCAUGCAUGCGCACGAUGUGAUAUAUCAAACACGAUAUAGGGUGUCUCUGACGAAUUUUACGUUAUAGUGCUGACUGCAUAAAGUACACGUCGUGUUCUUUGAAAUUUAAGCUUUUCGUCUUCUGAACAAGCACGAAAAAGAAUUCUAAAAGUACAGAGUUUCCUAUCUUAUUUUAGUUUUGUGUAUUUUCUGUCUGGAAUAUCGGAAAAUAUGUAUUGUGAAAAGAAAGUUUGAAAAGGCGUUGAAUUUUGAUGAUCAAAAUUUAAUUCUUUCAAUAUUAAGCACAAACAUCUGUUGCAGUUCAAUUUCAUUAACAGAACUGAAUCACGCUGCCUUUUUGACGCCUAUGCCUUAACGUUAAUUUUUAUGAACUCCUGUUUUAAUUGCCGUCGUUACAGAAACCAAACCUGAUACUGAAUGUAGAUGGUUGUAUUGGAGCCGCCUUUGUUGACCUUCUACGUCACUGUGGAGCCUUUACAAGGUAACCUGCACUUGCUUUGUAACGAAUAUGGUUAAUUUCUGGAGGCUUAGAUGAUCUUCUAUUUGUUGAAAAUAUUUCCCUGCCUACAAUACUGAAAAGGUGUACAAACUAUUCACAACAAUCGACUUUGCAAGGUCCCUGCAUGUGAGUUUUUGCAAUUUGAGAUUGUCCAGCGGCAAAUGACAUGGUAUAAGAUUUACAUUUGCAUUUGUUUUUCACUCUCAGUCCACUUUAGCCUCACACGCAGACGUUCUUAUGGCUUCGUCACGCGUUCGACGUUCGUGAGGGAGGAAGGCGUGAGGAAUCCCGUGGAACUUCUGCGUGGGAGGUUAAGUCCUCUUCGAAUGGACCUCAAGAUCAUAAUUGCAAAACAAGAGUAUAAUAAAUUGGCAAUGGUAGUACAAUAUCCGUCCCACAGUUGACUUGACAUAGAUACACUGGAUUCCCGAUUUUUCAAACCUCCUGUGGAAAAAAAGAAAUGGAAUCGAACUAUCCGGAAGUACGAGACACCGAGGGUUUGAGGAACUGGGAUUCUACUUUGGACUCGCUGUGUGAUUGUACACUACUUGGUUAAUACGUAACAAAUUGACCGCAUUAGAAAUAACGUCAAAAUGUUCCAAGUAGACUUUUGCGGCUCGUGGUUUCACUGUAAGGUUUUGAACAUUUUAACGUUGCUUUCACGUCAUUUCUAUGACGUCAUCUCCAUUGUGUACUCUCACAUAGUCAAUAUCUCUCGAACAAUCAGCGUGCGAGAAAUCGCGCUUCAGUUAUUGAAAAAAGUGUCCUUUAUCAUUUCAGGGAAGAAGCAGAUGAGUUUGUGGAGAUUGGGGCGCUUAAUGGGUUGUUUGUGUUGGGUAGAUCGAUUGGAUUCAUAGGUAAGUUAGACAACAAGCCGGGGCAUCAAAAUCACGGUUUGUUUGUUUGUUGGUUGGUUGGUUUUAUUUGAUAUGGUUGUUUUUGUUACCUGAUAAAGACCUGCGGUACGCGGUCGAAACGUCACUAAACUCUCUAUUUAUAAGAAUAUAUUGUGUAAGAAUAUCGAGGCUGAAAUUUGUGAACUUUUCAGAAUAAUACAAGAAUAAACCUAUAACUGCGAUUCUAAAAAAGAUAUAAUUUUAUGUGUCGAAAAUCUGUAAAUACGAUACAAUUAUGUUUUUAACUUAACGGUAAAAUUAUUCUUUUCUUUUAAUGGCAAGACUAGAUACAGUGUAAAACGGAAUAGCCAGGAGCUAUUAUUUAAGAAUAAUUCAAGAAUAUUCUGCCUGAGCUGGAAAAACAACAUUCUUGUAAAAAGGAAAGAGUGUAUCGUGAGACAAAUGAUAAUUGGGCCUUUCAUACUCUCAUCAAGAUAAAUAUUAUGUCGUUCAUUAUAUCUUCCACUUCUGUCAUGUCCUGCUAGAAGCAAAACCAAAGAGAUAUAAAUCUCUUUCGUCUGAUUUUAUGAUCCUCUUGUCUUGCGUCUUAAAAUGAACUCAACGAAAAGGGAAGUUUUCUAAAACUACAGCAAGAAAAAUCGAAUUGAACGCGAAAGCGGAUUAUAAUAUCAUUUGGUCUUCAGAUUACGCUCUAACUCUUUGUUUUACGCUGCUCUUAUCUCGUUUAGGCCAUUAUUUGGAUCAGAAACGUCUAAAGAUGGGACUGUAUCGCCAUCCAUGGGAUGAUAUCACUUAUCUAAUGCCAGAUCACCUUCAACAUCUCCGGCCAGCCAGCUUCGAGUAAACCGGCGCAUAACAGUCACGUGACCUCAUUGUGCGUCACAGAUAGGUCUCACGUACGGAUGUGCGCUGCACUAAAGUUUUAAAAGCGGAAACAUUUGCGUACAAUAUUGAAGCUGCGAUGCAGCAAGAUUUAUUUAGGUUUAUGUGGAUGCAUCUUUGUUGAAAAAUAUAUCCUGUCUAAAGGUACUGGGAUCUGUUAUAGGAAUUUGGAAAUUUAACAAGGGUUAAGCUGGUUAAGAAAUAAAGAGUCGUUCUAGAGCGUUUAACAACAUAUUGAAAAUGAAAGGG